AAUGUGUACGUGUUUUGUGUUUUUCAGGACGAUUUAAUCAUGUCACGUCUUCUUCUUGUUUUUCUUGUUCCGAUCGUCUCCUUCGUAUAAUUCGUGCACGCCGAAAGGUUUGUAACUUAUAAUUGAAUUUACACUACGGCGGUAGUUCACUUUGUUUUAAUUAAUACUCGUGGGAUUAUCAGUACCAUGCAUUCUCGAUGUACCUUAUGUCGAACUUAAUUUUUCAAAACGGACACUGAGCUGGUGUAACUGGGAGGUUGUCAGAUGAUCGGCUGUUCCUGGCCGAAUUUCUCUUGUUUGUUAAAGGAAAUAGAGUCCAGUCGAGCAAGAAAAGCGAAAACGGCACGUAUCAUAACACUGACAAUUAAUAAAUUUUGCAGUCUUUGCGGUCAAAGCUGCAGGUUUUGUAACCAAUCGCUCGCUCUUUAGGCCAAAACCAGGGGCGCAUCCAGAAAAUUUCGAAAGAGAAGACCGGAACACUUGCCUGCUAUUUGUAUACUACUUAUUCAUUGAUUUAAGUACUUUGAGGGUAUCUGUGUCCAGAAAUUGAGGCUCUAGAAAAUAGAUUUUGUUAUCAUUUGAGAGAAAAAGUGUGGAGCGCGGCCCCUUCGUCCCCCCUCUAAGCCCGCCCAUGAAAACUGAGUUCAGGUAUCAUACAAUUGAAUUCUACUUUGAUUGACAGGCGCUUUUACUGAAAAAUUGCCUUUUUCAUGCAGUUUUUCUUAAGGGAGAAUGAGUCUUUUGAAGGGAAUAUUAGCAUCGGCAUUGUUGCGUAACGUUUGAAAUACAAGGAUUUGUAUGGGGAAAAAACCUAUCGUUUCUGUAACCUAUGAAAAUGAAAGGAUUUCAAUAAAAAAACAGUUUAUCUUGCAUAAAAUGUGUGUUACUUCUCUCCCGUGUGGUCCAUGUGGUAAUUACUCCCGGCAUAGUAAAUCGAACGUUCGAAAAUCGAACUCAAUCGAACUCAAUCGAACUCAAUCCGUGGAUUGAGUUCGAUUGAGUUCGGCAAUCGAACGAAAUCGAACACCACACUUUCAGUGAGUUCGAUUUCCGAACAAAUCGAAUUCAAUCGAACAAAUCGAACUCAAUCCGUCUGAUUGUGUUCGACUGAGUUCGGAAACCGAACUCAAUCGAACACAAUUAAAUGGAUUUCGUUCGAUUGGCUCUGGUGAACCUAUACAAAGCAAGCCCAAAGCAAGCCCGUCAAAGCAAGUUUUUCUUGCGCUUUUUUUACUAUUUACUCAAUAACACAAACCCCAUUUAUAAACUGUCCACGGCAGUUAAGAGAACAGAACAGAACAAACCCUGAAAACUUCGCCAUCCUUGCCGUCAAAGCGGCAUUCCUGGUGGCCUUUGACUAUACAUUUGAAGCUUACGAUCCACAACGCAUCUGAAGCCAUUCCUGCGGAAUUUCUUCGUUUACGAAAGACACGUGCGCUACACUCAAGGCUGAAGUAACUCGAGCUUCUAAGAUCUGGUAAUGGAUUUUCAACGUCUGUUUUACAUAAAUCACGAGUUCGAAAAUCAAACGUUCGAUUGGGUUCGAUUUAUUUUUUUUCUUUUCGGUGAGUUCGAUUUCGUUCGAUUGCCGAACGCAAUCGAACUCAAUCCACCGAUUGAGUUCGAUUGAGUUCGAUUGAGUUCGAUUGAAUUUUAGUUCGAUUGGGUUCGAUUUACUAUGCCGGGAUUACUGUAAACAGUUUAUAGAGAGAGAAAACCGUUUACAUAAAAACCCAUAAAAUGACCGUAAAUCGGCCCAUGGAAAACACAGGAGAGAUGUAACACACAUUUUAUGUAAGGUAACCUGUUUUUUUCAUUGAAAUCCUUUCAUUUCCGUAGGUUACAAAAAAAAGGUUUUUUCCCCACACAAAUCCUUAUAUUUCGAAUGUUACGCAACAAUGCCGAUGUUCGCCGAUGCUCACAUUUGGAGCUUGGGCUACCUGUAAUAUAAACCGCACCAGUUUCUUCACGGAUUUGUGCCGGAAAGCCGCUGAUUUAGUGCGAGUGUACUGAAACACUCGGUCUCAUCAAAUUAGAGACGGAAAUGAUUAUUUUUGCAUUGCAAAACAGAAUAGAAGCUUUUUUAAAAAUGAUUUUAAUUAUUUCGUAUGUUUCAGUGAUUCCGGGCAUGCAGAGAUGAAGAAGAGUGAUUCUCGCUAUCCUGAUGUUAAGCGUAAGCUGGCGGAUUUUGACUCCGGCCCUCGCUAUCCUUACGUUAAGCGUAAGCUGACGGAUUUUGACUCCGGUCCCCGCUAUCCUUAUGUUAAGCGUAAGUUGACGGAUUUUGACUCCGGCCCUCGCUAUCCUUAUGUUAAGGGCAAGCUGAAGGAUUUUGACUCCGGCCCCCGCUAUCCUUAUAUUAAGCGUAAGAUGAGGCAUUUUGAUUCCCGCUUGGAGGCCGCGAAACAAGGCUGGAAAAAA